AUGGUGUUGGUGUUUAAGCAGCACCGCUGCACACACUCUGCGAGCUGCGUUUGCAUCAAGGGCCACCUCAGUGAGGAUGCUCUGUACCUCGUCUUCCGCCACAUGAACUGGAACCCGAGGCUGAUUGCUAUAUUGUCAUGUGUGUGCAAGUGGUUUGACGAGGUUGCCAAGCAGGUGCUGUGGAAGGAGUUCUGUAAUGCAAGGGCUCCAAAGAUGAUGCUGGAUUUGCAUUCAGGUGGCAGCCACAUUGUUGAUGGGAACUGGAAAGCGCUGGGGAAGCUGCUCAUCUAUUGCAACGGCUGCCCAAAGGGGGGACUGUUUAAUAACAUCCAUGUUCCAGGCCAUUUUGUGUUCAGGACACGCUUUUCUAGGACUGCGGGCAGGAGUUUCCUGCCUCUGCCAUGCAAGUCGGACGUCCUGUAUGUGUCAGAUCCAUGCGAGCAUCUUGAUCAGGGGGAUGAAGGCGACUUGGGUUUCUUCCGAGGCAUCUUUAAGUCAUUCGCCACUUCAAGGGUAAAGAAGAUGUUGAUUGAGAAGCAGGCUAAGUUUCAUCCAACGGAGUCGUGCCCUUAUUGUAAGGCCAAGCUAUGGAACAUGUUCCAGGAAAAUAUGAUUCAAGGGAGUGCUUCCGCUAGGCUGGGUGCCUAUGAUGAUUCUGUCGAGUAUUUUGUAUGCCUGAAUGGACAUGUUAUUGGACUUGGUACCCUGCUACCACUCUCGGAUUCGGAGGAGGCAGCAGAUGAGUAA